GUAAGUAUGGCCACGGUGCUUAACAUGCUGAACUGACUGAGUCAUGAUGUCGCGAUACCGACAAAGCAAUUUGCCAACACCUAGAGUUAAUGCUUUCAAAUAUCUGGAGAAAUUGUUUCUCCAUGAUACAUAGAUAUUCUAUGCGUAAAGCAAGGGAUAAUGCGAUGUCAAAGUGUCCCGUCCCCGGGUCUGUACCAGCGGUAUCUAACCGCAACAAUAGAUUUUUGCUUAUUACUCUUUCUGUAUUCACAACUGUGAAUUACCUUCACUGUUUUUUUCAUUUGGUAUUGUGCAAACUCUUGCUCAUUCAUUCCUUGGACUACACAAAUCAUUGACAACUAAAAGCGGUAUAUAAGGGAAAUCUUAAAGUUAAAUGGACGAUAUUCAAAUGGAUGACGAAGAACGUUGGCGUGACCUUGACCUUCUCCUUACACGACCGGGCCGACUUGUUGGUCCUGGUUUCGAACCAUGCCCCGAGCUUAGAGCAUUCCUGCAAAGCCCGGACUGUAGAAUCUUGUGUGUUGGUGCUGGAGGCCUGGGCUGCGAGAUCUUGAAGGACCUGGCUCUGUCAGGCGUCGUGCACAUAGAUGUCAUCGACAUGGACACUAUUGAUGUUUCUAAUCUCAAUCGACAGUUCCUGUUUAGGAUGAAGGACGUGGGUCAGCCCAAAGCCACAAUAGCUGCGGAGCGCAUCAACGCCAGAGUGCCGGGUGUCCGGGUGACGCCCCACUUCGGUCGCAUUGAGGAUCAGCCUGCGGACUGGUACCGCUCUUUCGCCAUCAUCAUCCUAGGGCUGGACUCCUUAGAGGCGAGGCGGUACAUGAACUCAGUCGUCUGUGGAUUCCUAGAGUACGACGACACCGGGCAGCCCGACCUGUCCACGGUGAAGCCCAUGGUGGACGGCGGCACGGAGGGCUUCAAGGGCCAUGCACGUGUCAUCCUGCCCGGCCACACGCCCUGCUUCGAGUGCACGUUGUGGCUGUUUCCGCCGCAAACCAAGUUCCCUUUGUGCACCCUGGCGGAGACACCGAGGUCUGCAGCUCACUGCAUUGAGUACGCGCACCUGAUUCUGUGGGGCCAGGUUCGCCCGGGGGAGGAGUUCGACACGGACAGCGAGGAGCAUAUGAAGUGGGUGUACGAGCGUGCGGCUGAGCGGGCGAAGCAGUACGGCAUUCACGGAGUUACCUACCAACUGACGCAAGGGGUGGUGAAGAACAUCAUCCCCGCCAUCGCCUCCACGAACGCCAUCAUCUCGGCCCAGUGUGUGCUUGAGGCGCUCAAGACGCUUACCUGCUUCUCCACAGGCCUGGACAACUACAUGAUGUACGUUGGUAGUACGGGGUUGUACACUCACACGGCAAAGUACGAGAAGGACCCCAACUGCCCCAUCUGCAGCGCUGGGGUGCCCGUUGAAGUUGAUCCGGACUGCACGCUGCAGCAGUUUAUCGACCACUUGCGCUCGGAUCCCUCACUAGGCAAGCACCUUUCCGCACCCUCAGUCAGCUUCGGCGCCACCAACCUCUUCGCACACGGCGUCUUCGAGGCCGAGACGGCGCCUAACCUGUCGCGCCGAAUGGCUGACCUGGUGCCAGACGACGGAACCAUCCUAACGGUCAACGAUAAACGGUUGCGCGGCCCCAUGCGCGUGCGGGUGCGGUACAGCUCCAGCAUGAAGGCAUAGGGCCCCUCAGCUUUCCAUCCAUCACUUGACCACUAAAACGUUUCCGUUGUUGGGGAUAAAGCCGUAAGCCCUCGGACAUGAAGUGAAGGCGCGCGCACACGUGCUAAUGACAGUGCUAGUUGGAUUGCUAGGGGGUUUAUUUAGAGGGCAGCAGGGGGCCACGCCAGUCGGAGGGAGAGCAGCUUUGCUAAUUAGUAAUGCAGCUAGCAGGAAGGCGCAGCAGGAUGGCGGUUGUGUUAGGUCAUAUGCACCCACGUCAGGACGCGAGGAUGGACACCACCAUCUUGGGGAGCUGCUCUCUUGGGAGAGGAAUGGGGGGCAGCGGCUUUGGGCGUGUAGGAGGAUGGGUGUGCCACUGGCGGGUCGGCGAGGGCUAUGUAGUGCUCCAACUGCGGGGUUCCCUCCAUGCCAUGCACGUACACACAUGCACGUAGCAGAGCCCACACUCGGAUCAGCAGGCCCUCCAGGACGCAUGGGCCACCUGCAGCCUCCACUGACACCCUCCGCACGCCAUGCUUCCAGCUAGUGUAGGCUAUCAUACGCAUGCAGGUGUGUGGCUUUGUGUGACGUGAACGUGUACAGAGUUUUGGCAGAUCAUUAAACAACGUUGAAAGCAAAUAUAUCGGCGAUAAAAAUGAAGGGCACCAGGUACCAGUCAUCAGGCAUUUUGCAAUACAGUAAAUUGUU